AUGAUUAAGCUUUGUUUAAAAUUUAUAUGUAUUAUUAUUAUAAGUAAAAUCUCUUUUGUUCUAGAGGAUAUAUUCUUAGAAGAUUUUAUUAUUUAUUUAUUUAUUUAUUUAUUUAUUUAUUUGUUUGUUUGUUUUAUAUGUUUCUAUAACUAGAUAAAUAGAGUAGUGGAAAAUUUAAAGUUGUAUUAUAUUAGUCUUUUUAUUAAAUAUACAAAAUUUAUAAUAAAUAUAAAAAAAACAAUCAUUAAAAAUUUAUUAUUUCUGGUUGUCGUAAAAAGGUUAAAUUCUAAGAUAGACAAAAUUUUAAGAAACACUUUAAUAAAUUAUUAUUACUAUAUGCUUUUAAAUAACUAAAAAACGGAAGGAAAGUACGAAUAACAAAGAAUGUUAGAUAGAUAAAGGCUAGAAGAUUAGUAUAGCCAAGAAGAUAAAGAUAAAUCUAUGGUAUUAGUCUAGGCUUCUCCAAAUAUAGAAGCCAUGAGAUCAACAAAUAACCUCAAGCAAUCAAAAUUUAAAAAUCAAUAGGGCAAAUUAAGUAAUAACUCAAGUGAUAUCAAGGACAUAGAAAUGGGAACUUUAGACAUCAACAAUUAACUGAAUGAGUCGAAUUAUAGAUUGCUUAAAUAAGAUGAAUAUAAGCAUAAAAAAGCCACUAAGAUGACGAAUUUGUUUUCUAAUAAAUAGUAGAGUACAAAAAACCUUGGUAAAAGAUCUCUAAUUAUGAGGAGGUGCUAUAGGAUAACACUGUUAUUUUUAUUUGAGCUAAUAAUAAUAGGACUUUUUUUGGGUUUCUAUUAUAACUUUGGGUUUUAUAGAGGAAGCUAUGAGAUUAACGAUCAAGAAAGUUUAUCCAUUUAAUUUUAAUAAUGUUAUCUAAAAAUAUACGAUUAUAGUCCAACUUUAGUCUAAGAUAAAGGCUUAAACUUUUAUUCUACUACCAGUGUACCUUCUUAAAUCAAUGGAAAUAUUUUAUUGAAAUAUAGCUUUCCCAAUCCAAAGACAUUUGGAGCAUCAAGCUAGAUGAGUUAUUCACUGAAUAAUGGAAUAAGAGAGUUUUAAUUUUUGAACGGAGCAGAUUCUAUAGAUUGUGAGGUUGUUAUGUAUGUCUAUAAACCUACUACAAUACAAUCGUUGUCUAUUGAUUGUGGAAGAUAGGAUUGCUUUAUCAUAAACUAGUCAAAGUAGAUCACAUUUUAAUCUCUUAGUGCUACUGGGUAUUCAAUAGAUUUUAAUGCCCAAUAUUUAAAUACUAAUAUUUUGAAUAUCUAUUCGUUUUUUGGAUAUGUAGAAAUUGAUGACUUCUACUUUACUUAAGCAAGCAUAGACAUUAGCACUGGAGAUAUUUCAAUCUAAUCCACAAAAAGUAUAUUUGCUAAUUUAUAAAUGGUUUCUAAACUCUAUUGUGCAAGCACAUAUUCUAAUAUUAACAUCGUGAGUACAGUAACAGACGUAACUCCAAAUUGUAGUCCUGUUUACCCUUAUGGAACCAAAACUUAAACUGAUUAAUCAGUCGUUGCUCAAAGAUGUCUUUAAGGUACUUUAACUGUAAAAUCUUCUGGAAGUGAACCUAAUUAAAUUCUUAAUGCAAAAAAUACAUAUGGUAACAUUUUUAUAAAUGUACUUCCUAGCCCAGGUGCUUCUCCUAUUUCAAAUUCUCAGGUUUUCUUUGAUUAAUCAGUUUAUGGGUAGGAUGGUAAUAAAAUUAAUUUAUCUACUCAAUCUUUAAUACUACUGAAUUCAUAAUUAAAAAAUGCAUAAAAUCCUAAUGUGUAUGAUCCAAUAUUCCAAUUAACAUUUGGGUCUUAAUACACAUAUUCAGAAAGUUUCACAUAAUGGCAGAUUACAUUUAAUCCUGCUUGCUCUUAUCUUAAGCCUUGGUGGAUAGGAACACUUACAUUUACUCUGUUGGAUACAGAGAGGUAUAUAGAUGAUUUAACCUUAGCUCCAGGAUUCUGUCCAUACGUUCCUGGAAUAUCUUAAGAGAGAAUUUACUUAAUACAAGCACUUCUGACAACGUUAAUGAAUUAAGGUUAAAAUACUUAAAAACUAACAACUUUUGGGUGGUAAAAUAGCCAGACUCUUCCAUCAGUAAAAUUUUCAAGCAAAAAGACUUAUGAUGGAAAUAGAAAUACUGAUUUUUCAUCUACUUAUAAUGAUGAUUGGAUCAUUUUUAAUAUUGAUAAAGAUGGGACAAUAUCAAUAAAUUAUACAUCGCUUGACAGUAACCAAGUAUUGUUAGCUGCUUUGAUUGUCAGCUUCAUAUUAGCUGUCAUAUUAGGAUUGGUUUUCAUGGUUGCCACAGUCUAUGUUAUAAAUCAAAACUAUUUAAACACCCUGGAUCAUAUGAAGCAUGUGGAUACUUAUGCAUAAGUAUAAAAAAUUUAAAAAGAUAUCUAAGGUAGAGAUAAAGAUUUAGAGGACAUUUCUAUGUAAGAAGAAAAUAUUGGGCAGAAAAAUGAAAAUCAUGAAGAUUCUGAUGACCUUAAAAAAAUUAGUUUAGACUAAAAAUAAUUAAAAUAUACAGUCGCUGGAAUUCUUAAUUCAUUCUUCACUUUAGUUUAUUUAUCUCCUCCUUUGAGUGCAUAUAUUGACUAAGUCGUCUUACUCUUCUAUAAGGCUAGAGUGAAUUCAGCUGCUGAUUUCUUUUCUUUACUUUUUGUUGAAGAAAAUAAAUAAGAAGACAAUGAAGAAUAAAUUCAUAACUUAGAAAAAGAUUCUAUUUCUGGAUAAGAUAUGAAAGUUUUGUAUGAAUAGUAUUGCUAUCUUAACUAAUUAUUAGAAAGAAAGCUAGAUAGUUAGUAGAGUGUAAAUCUCUUAAAGUCUAAAGGGUUUAAAAUUAGCAUUAAAUAAGGAGCCCUUAUUUCCUAUUAUACUUACAUCUUAUACAACGGAAAUAACAAAGUAAUUUAAGAUACAGAUGGUAAGAGCUCGUUAGAUCUGUUUAUCAAGUAUUGCUGUAAACUUACAAAAUUUGACUCUGAUUGUAUUGAUUCUUUAUCUUUUGAAAAGUAUUAUUCUGAAUUUUGUACAAAAAAUCAUAUGGAAUAAUUUCAGUUAAAUGAAAAUGAUCUUAAGCGUGAAUAUGGUAUAGAAACAAGAUUUUUGCCUUAAUAAAUUGUAGAAAGAGAUCCAAAUUAUGGACUAAGUAAGAAGUUUAAUAUUAAUUAGAAUAGGGUCAAAAACAAUUUCAUACUUAUACUAUCUCAAAAUGUUGAAAACGUCCUACCUGAAAAUGGAAAUAUAUCUGAAUUGAAUGAUGUUAUCAUAAAUAUAUACACACCAAAGGGAUGGUUAAUUUUUGAUAUCUUAACGGUUUUGGCACAUUUGUGCAUUAUCUUUUUACUCGGCUCUCCACUUAUAGCAAUAAUUAUUUUUGUAAGAAUGCAGCAAACACCCUUCCUUUUAAUUCCAUCUGCUAAAUAGCUACUUUUAUCUGACUUAUUGUAUAAGACAUCAGUAAUUCCUUUGAAAUUGAUGAAUGAUACUAAUUUAGUAAUUGCUAUUUCAUUAAUUACAUUGAUUUUUUGGGCUCUUUCUACUUGGGAUCUUAUAUAUUAUUACUUUUUAAUGAGUUUUCCUUAAGAAAGAUAUUUUUUGAAUUAUAAAAAUGCUAACUUAGGAAGAAAGUUUGUUUCACGUGUUAUGUGGAUUAUAGUACUAAUAAUUAUAUAUAUUGUUUAUAUAUACUUGUGCUUAGUUAUUACUUGGUUAAUUCUAGGAGCUAUUAUCAAUCCAUAGGCAUUUUUACCCUAUGCAACAUCUUCAGCAACUCUUGUAACUAUUGUUACACAGAAAUAUAAAUAAUUCAAGCAGCUUUCUGAAGAAGGAUAUAAGAAACUUAUUUCAUACAUUACCAAUUUCUCAGAAAACUAAUUUAAAGAAAUCAUCAAAAAAAUGGAUAUCAGUGAAAAAAUCGAAGAUGCUUUACCAACAAACUAAAUCAAAAGCUUAAUUGGAGAAGCAGAAAGCAAUAAUCUUAUUGAUCCUAAAUUAAGUUAGAGUAUUUAAAAUAACAUAGAAAUUAUGACCAGAGAUCCUAAUGCAGUAGCUCACAUGGGUCAGGAAGUAUUUGAGAUUGCUUAAAAUCCUUAAGCUUACGCUUCAAGCCUUAUGGAAAAACUUGAAAGCAAAGUAAAAGAUGAGCUUGUUUAGCAAGUGAACUAGUACCUCCCUUUGAUGAGUCAGAGCCUAAUUUAAGCCCUCCAAGAUUUAUUUACAGGAGAGCAAAAUAGGUUGUAGUAAGACUUGACAGUGCUAUUUAAAGAUUUUGUUUCUUAAUGUGAGUCUAAUUCUAAAGUAAAAUCAAAUGAAAAGCUAAUAAAAUCACUUUAGGUUUUAAAAGGUCCGAUUAUAUCUCUUAUAUUUGACAUUGCUUUUCCAAGCAAAGAAGAAAAAAUUGAUGAUAUUAAAUAAAAACUUACUGCAAAUGUUUGCUCUAUAAUUUAAGAAAUUAUUAAUUAUAAAACUGCAGAAUAAAACAAAAGCUAAUCUAAUGAAAUUCUUUCUGUAAAAACUAUUAAUUUGAUUGAAAAAAUUACAUUUUUCAAUAUGAAAUUAUUUCAGAAUUACAAAAAAUAAUAAGAUACAGAGUAUUUAUACUAAAUUAUUGAGGUUUUAAGUGAAGAAGAUCUGAUUUAAUUCUCAGAUAAACUUUAAAGAGUUUCACAAUUUUCAGAUAUUCUUAAACUAUUAAUGAAAAUUGUUGAAGAAAAAGGAGAGAUUAGCGCUAUACCAUCAUAUAAGAGAGUUAGAUAAUUUAUUAAAUAAAUUUUAGAAGGAUUUAUGGAAGAUUAAGAUUUAAAAGUUCAAAAAUAUUUUGAUUUCUUAAUUGAGUGUUUCUUAUCUCCUAUUAUAUAAAUAAAUAUUCCCAAAUUUUCUGAAAGAAAAAAUAUCUGCUAACAAUUAAUAGAUAUGUACAAAAUAAAUGAAUAAAAUGAUUAAUCUGGAAGUUAGCUUUCCUCUCUUAUUGCUUUAUUCACAUUUUGGCUUUAAGGAUCAACUCUAAACAUUCCUACUGAUGCCUUUAACGAUAUUAUUCAACUAAUUUCCAAAGAAUAUCCUGGAAUUUAAAAAAUUAUUCAACCUAAUGAGGAUUAAAAUAAAAAUACUGCUAAAAUUACUUAAAAGUUAAAAAAAUUCUAAAGCUUCUUUAAUUUGUUUGAUAUUUUAAUUAAUGAUCCUUGUAUUGGCUAAAUUAAAAUAGAAUAAAAUAGCAAAUAGCUUUAUGGAGUAUCUUAUAGUUUUAGUGAUUUUAUUAUAGAUUCUAUGAGAGUAAAAUAUAAAAAUAUGUCAAGUCUUGAGGAUUUCAAUGUCAUUUUACAAUCUUCAUACUUUGAAAACAUAUCAAAAUAGAUGAAGAUACCUACUUUUUAAUUAGUAGGAUUGCUUCACCUUGUUCUAAAAAACCCUAAAACUUUAGAAGCAAAUUCUUGCAUCAAAAUGAUUUUCCAAUAAUUUAGAAUUAAUGAAAAUAGAAUUCAAACAUUUUUGCACAUUUAUGAUCUUCUCAUAUCAGUAGACGAAAGAGAUUUAAAUAAUGCUCUAAAUUAUUUGUAAUUUAACUAAUUGAAUAUUUCGGUUUCUUAUGGUUAGAAUUAAGCUGUAUAGCUUGACACAGAAUCAUUUGCUUUGCUUUUAAUGUUCUAAAGAAAUAAAUUUAGAACUAAUUUAAAAGCAAACUCUAGAAUUAUGAGACUAUUCUCUUUAAUAUUCAAUUGUGAAACAACAAAAUUAGAUUAAUUAUCUAAAAUGUUUAUUAGUAUAAAGUUUUCAUCUUCUCACUUGUAAUAGUAAGCUACUUUGGCUGAGGAGUUUUAAGGAAAUAUUUAAUCUUUAAUGUCUCUUGAAUAAGAGGGUCCUAUAGGUUAAAAAACCUUAAGUUAGAUUUUGAAGAUAUUUACUCUUUAAAAUAGUAUAAACUAACAAAUAAAAUCGCUUUAAAGUAAAGAAAUUAUAAUCUUCUCAAAGCUGCUCUCAACAAGAAAUAUUCCUUUAGUUUACCCUGAAAUCUAGGCUUAACAGUUCAAAGAUUCGGUCUAAGAUUUAUCUACUUUAUUAAAUGUUGAUGAAUAUUAUAUUCAAAAUUUUUUAAUUCUCUUUACUUGUGCUAAUUCUUCUAAGUUUAUGAAAGCUUUUUAAGUUUUUGGAAUUUCCAUUGAAGAAAACGAGGAGUCAUUUAUCGAAGCAUAGGCUUAAUUUGUCAAUCAAAUAGAAACUAAAUAAGGUAUAAUAAAGGAAAUACAACAAAAUCUUCUAAGAUCUAAAAUACCAUUAAAUAUGUUAGAAUAACUACUCCUAUUCAACUCUUUACCUUCAGACUCUGAAACUCUUUAUUACAUAUUAAACACUUUUUACGAAAAUAUAAGUGAAUCAGUUAAACUACUUAUAAAUUUCCAUUAUAGUAUACCAGCAAUAGAAGAUAAAUCAUUAUAGUCUGAAAUUAAGAAAUCAAUUUUAUAAGGUAACCCAAAAGCCAAUAUUGGUGGGCUGGAAACUUUAAUUUAAAUAUUUAACAACGGAUCAUAAAAAGAAGAAAAUAUAGCUUUGUUUUUGCAAUAUCUUCAUGAUUAGAAAAAAAUUUUACCUCUUCUUUUAGGUUCACUGUUUACUUAUUUGAAUGGAGACGGGGAGUAAAUAUAAAUCUAAACAGAUGAAAAUCUAGGAGAGAAAAAGCUUGGUUACUUCCAGUAGAAAUUUAAUAUUUCAGUUGAAUAGUACUUGUCUCGUAAAUUAGAUCUCAAAACUGAAUUUUUUACUGCACUCCCAAGUGUUUUUGUUAAUGACACAUAUACAUUUGCUUCAGAAUUUAUAAAGUUUUACAGAUAAGAAGAUUAUUAAAUCUAAAGAGAAUAUAUUUAAAAUUAAGGUAAAAAAAAUAAUAGUUCUAAUUAAGUAAACGACUCACAAUCAGCAAAUAGCAAUUUAAAAUAAAGCAAUUUAGAAAAUUUGGUUAAUAGGGUUACUGUUUAAGACAAAGAAUUGGAAUAGUUUAUUAGAUUAUUUUCUAAAAAUUCUAUCAACUCUUCUUUCUUCAGCAGAGAGCUUUCUCUUCCAAUAGAUUUAGUUGAAUUAAUAUAAACUAUAUGUUUUAUCAAAAAUGCAGAUGAAGAGAAAAGAUAAAAGUCUUAUGAUGCUCUUUAGUAAAAUAACUCCUGCUUAAAAAUAUUCUCAUAAAUAGGAAUAGAUAUGAAUGAGUUCAUAACGUGUGUUAAAUUUUUUUAUCAAGAUUUUGAAGUAAGCGAAUCAUAAAUACUGCAAAAAGGAUUGAAGCUUCCUUCCAAAUUCCCGUUUACUGUUUUAUAAAAUUUAUUGCUUUUAGAUGUUUACUUACCUCCAUUUGAUGAUCCUGCAUAAAACAGAAAGAAAUUAUCUUAAUUUAUGAAAUCAAACUAGCUCGUAAAUGACAUGGGAAUCAAUUUGAAGUGGCUCUAAUUAUUAUAUGUUCUUUACGGUGACUUCACUGUUUUAAAGACAUUUGCCGAAGGUGAAGUUUAGAUGGUUACAAGCAAAAAGGAAACUAAAGAAAUUAAUAUCCUAACAGGACUUUUUGGUGUUCUCAAUAAGAAAAAGACAGAAAUUUAAGCAGGUGAUUUCUUUAAGCAAAUAUAUUAGAAGUUCAAAGUGUAAAAUAAACUAUUUGGAUAGUAUGAUAAAAAUUAGAUCAAACAAAGAUAGCAGGGAAGGAAAGAAGAAGCAGUUCUCUCUUCUGACUAGCUAUAAAAAGGAAAUACUUUCGAAUAUGCUAUAUAUCAACUGUGUAAAGAAAUGUACAUAAGCCCUGUUUGGGUACUUUUAAUGUCUGGUGACUAUGGAAUGUGGGAUGAAUUAUGCGGUACAUAUUAUGGAUAUUACAAAUAUGAGAAAUUAACCAAAUCUCAUAAUAAUCCCAUUCAAAUACUUAUUCUUAUCCUUAGAAUGAAAAAAUGUCCAACUAUAAUCAAAGAAUUCUUAAUCUAAAACGAACUAGCCAUUCUUUCUCCAAAUAUAUUUGAAAAUACUGAAAAAGACUAAACAGUAAAAGACCUUGAAGAAAAGAGUGAGAAGUUAAUUAGUGAAUAAAACUAUAUUUUAUAAAAUAUUUUACAACUUAACAUUGAGAGUUUUAAUGAGCUAGCAGAGUAAGUUUAAUUCCCAACAAAAGUAUUAAAUUUAGUGGCAUCUUAUGAAUACAAUGAUAAUCCUUAAGACUAUAAGGAUAUUAAAUUUUAAGAAUCUGAAGUUGAUAACAUUUUAGUUUAGGCUUCUAAAAAAAUAUUUAUUGCAAAUAGAUCAAAGGCAGCUAAACAACAGAAAAAUAGUGUAAUGGCAAUAAAUAUAAAUCCCAUAAACCAUGGUAAAACUGUUUACAGUGAAGUGAAAAAUAUAUUCAAGAAAGUUGAUUGGGAUUUUUGUGAUUAUGAUGACAAAGUUUAACCUGAAAAGAUUGAUUUCCCAAAUAAGUAAUCUAAAGAAUAAUUCGGGCGUAAUGAGUUAAUGCAAGUAGUUUGGAUAAGUACGCUUACAAAUUUAUAAACUUCUUACUAUGGCUACUAAAAUAACAGUGAUAGAGAUAGUGACCACUAUAAAUUAGUAUCAUAUGAAAUCGAUCUUUUCUUAUCAAUAAUUGAAUACUAUUACUUCUUUUGCCCAAAAAAUAAUUAGAUUAGCAAAUAUAAAAUCUUUUAUUUGAUUGCUCUUGCUUGUGGAUUUAAUUUCGAAUUAAAAGAUGUAUUCAGCUGCAAUCCUUAUGAUUCUAUUUACAACCAACUUUUCAGAAAAUAAAAUAUUCAUAAACUUGAUGAAUAAGAGUAAUAUAAAGCCCUUAAAGAAUUUUUCAAAGUAAAUGUCUUGAAAAACUUAAAUUAAGUAAUCUCUAUAAGAGAAUCAAAGGAUUUGGAAAUAGUUUAAAAUGAAGGAGAUUUCUAUUUUAGAAUCUUCUAUAAUAGUGUUUAUAAGAGAAUUGCUUCUUAGCACGAUGGAUAAAUAUCUCAAAGUAUUUUUGAUAUGUACAUCAAUAACUUUGAUGAUUUAAUUAGACCUUAGUAUCCCUCAGAAAAGUAAUUAAAGUCUAUACAUGAGUUAUAUCUUUCCCAAUCAGAUGAAAAAGAAUUGCUAGAGUUGUUAAAAGCAGAAGAAUAGGAUUACUUAAAAUCUACUUCUAUUUAAAAUUUCACAUUUUUAAUUGAUUUUUAUAAAGAAAACUAUGAAUCUAUGAUAGAAAAUGAUUAUUUCAUAUAAAAAUAUGAAAAAGAAUUAAAAUAUAUUGUUGGCGUCCUAACUCUCAAUGCUGCCUUUAUUUCUGCCAAGGGAGACAUUGAUGUAGAUGAGUUUGUUGAUUCUCUUUCACUUGUUUCUUAAUACAUGGUGAGCAAUAAAAGAGCUCUCACUUAAGUCCUUUUACUAUUUAUUGAUGGACAUGAUUUUAAUCUCUCAUCAAUAACUGAUGUCUUGCAGAUAAGAUCUCAGACUCUAAAAACAUUUUCUUGCAUUUAUUUGAGCAAUAAUUCUACAACUCUUGAUGAUGAUUUUGAUUUUCUUCUAUCUCAAACUUCAUAUUCUUAAACGAAUAAAUGGGUUAUUAAGAAUAUUAUAAAUUUGUAUCUAGGAGAUAUGGCUUAAAUAAUGAGCUUGGUUUCUUAUUCUUAUAAUUUUAGUGAUCCUGCUUGCAAGAGUUAUCAAGAAUUAUAUAAGUUUUUAUAUGCAAUUGAUAGUAAUUAUUUGCAUGCAAUACCUCACCAACAAGGGAAUAUAAAUAUAUUAAAUUUGUAAUACUUAUCAUCUGAGAUUGAAGAAUAAGAAGAAUUAUAAAAUGAAAUUAUUUUCUAAAUAUGUGAUUCAGUAAUUUAUUCAAAUGGUUUUUCAUUAGAACCUUAAGUUAGAUUAAGUGUUGAAGAAGAAUAGCAAGAUCCAACUGCUAAAUUUAAGAAACUAUAUUACGAAUCUGCAAAUAUAAUAAGAUCUAUUUGCAGAAAUGAUUGGAGAUUUAUAAAUAAUAUCCAUUAAGAUGAGCUUAAAAGAUAAGCUUUUUGCUAGCUUUUUGAUCUUAGUGAAGAUAAUUGUGAUCUUGUGUAGGCUCUUUCUUUGAUAAAACCUGAUAUAACUAAACUUAAAGGAGAUCCUUAAUUAAAUGAAUUAUUCUCUGAAGAAAAUAUUAAUAGGUUCGUAAGCAAGCUAAAAUAAUUUGGUAUUUGUAAGUAAGAUUAAACUGAGGAAGAGGAGUAAUGCUUAAUUUUAACAUUCGUAGCAAACGAGUCUUUCCCUCAUCUUGCUAACUAUUUAAAUAAAAUAACUAAUAGUAAAUUGUCUAAUAGCUAGGCAGUGGGGAUUGCAUAAAAAUAAGAGCUAUCUCAUAUAUUAUUAUCUAUAUUGAUGGUUAAGAAUUGUACAAAGAUUGAUUGGUAAGAGCUUUAUGGUUUAAUUAAAAGUGACAAAUAUAACGAGAAAUAUGGUGAAGAAAUAACAUUAAAUGAGCUUUAGAUAUUUACCAGUAAAUGCUUAUCAGGAUUUGAUGUUUUUUCCGCUAUUUUUGAGUAAGACGUAAAUUCUAAUAGACAUACUGAAGAUACAACUGAAAUAGACUCAAUAUAAAGUGGUACUACAACUCGAACUGAAAAAAGACUUUUAGACACUUCUAAAUUUUAACAAUUCAAAUAUUUUGACUUAGAUGUAUUCUAAAAAAUAUAAGUGUUAUUUGAUGAAAAUAUUAACUCUAAAUCAUACAUCUCUUUGUAUUAUUUAUAAAAAACAAAAAAAAUUUUAGAAUAAAAGCUUAAUCCUUCUAAUCUACUAUCUGCUAAUUUAAAUAAGCAGACAUAUUAAUAGCUUUCCUCUCUAAUUACAGGUGAAGCUUUCUUCCAAAAAGCUAAAAAUAAUCCUGUAUUGAAAAAAAUUAAAUAUGUUUCUAAGAUCUUUUUGAGCAAAAAUUAAGAUUAAUUCACAAAACUGAUAGAAAAAUUCACUAAAAGUGAUAAAAAUGAAACUGGUGAUUACCUCAACCACAUUAUUUCAUUUGCUUUGAAGCUCAUGUAUAAUACUAUUAGUAAGCAAAAAGUCUCAAACGAUUAGCAAAUUAGCAAUUUUCAUCUCUAAAUUGAUAGCUUAAUAGACAUACUCCAAGCUUUAUUUAGCAAGCCAUUGGCUUAAAAACAAAGUGGAAAUGAUCAGCAAAUAAAUAACAAUAAAUUAGAAGUUUAAUUUAUUAAUAUAGUAUGCAGCUUCAUUUUAAACAAUAGCAAAGAAGAUUUAACCAAAAAUUUUAAUUAACUUCAUAAGUUCUUCUUUGACUGCUUAAAUGAAAAAUUUAGUUAAGUAGCUUAAUUCUUUUAGCAUGACAAAGAAUAAAUACAAGCAGUUUAUAAAAUUCUAUAAAAACUUCUUGAUAGACCUCUUUUAAAUUUAGAAGAUGAAAAUUUAAUCGAAGACGUUUUGGAUCUUUUACAGUCCUUUGAUAAAGAACUAAUUGACAAAAAAUUAGUCACUUAUUUAAUUAACAUGGUUGUUCAAAGUGACUUUAAAAGCCUUUUAGGAAUUAUUGAAUAUUCAAACUUAGUAUCUUAAAGUGAAUUUAAAAUUAUUAAGUAAUCUAUUCAUAAAAUUAGUAGCCUCUCAAUAUUUGGUAAUAGAGGAGCUCUUAAGCAUUUCACCAAACCAAGACCUGUAAUUUCAGACUAAAUGAAAGAAAUUACUAAGAGAAUAUAAGAAGGAAAAAUAACAACAGCUGACGUAUUCUUUUCUAUAGACAGCAGCGGAGAUGGAAAUGGAUCAAUUUCUAUGGAAGAGUUUUGUAACUUCUUAAGAAGGACAGGAAUAUAAAUGAGUGAGCAUAGAGUUAACGAAUUAUUUGCUACUAUUAAAAAAAAUAGAAGAGCAGGUAGCAGGCAGACUGAUGGUAACGAUCUCAAUUAUGAGGAGUUUGAAGAAGCAUAUUAGUAUAUAAAUACGAAAAAAACUGAUAUGUCUUUAGAAAAAUUAGGAAUUUCUCCUGCUUUGCUAGCACUUUCAUUAGGAACACUAAUCAUUAUUCUUAUAUUGCUUCUGGUCUUCAUAUUCUUGGGAAUAAAAGCCUUUGCUUUAGGUGGCACUUUUGGAAGUAUAAUAAAUUCAAUUAUUCCAGCAGUUUCUAUUUCAGGAACAGCCUCUUCUUCAAGCAAUAAAAAAGAUUCCUUAAAAGAAGAUAACAUCAAAGGAGUAAUGAAGGAAACCUACUAAAUUCUGCAUUCUAAUCAACUAUGA